CUCGCCUCGGGUGGAGGGACUGCGAGGAGGAAAGCAAAACUACACGGCCCAUCUCUGUGUAGUUUUGUUCUUUUCAGGGAAUAUUUCGAGGCUCAACCAUUCUCAUCGUGGAUUUCCCAGCACAAAUCUCUCUGGAUAAGGGUAUUGCUGCUUAUUAGUGGGCUCAGCCCCAUCAGUUUCUGGCACUCUUGUGGAGACAAGGUGCCGCCACUAUGUCAACGCAAGCACCAACAUUCAUACAGCCGCUACAGAGCGUUGUGGCACUGGAGGGUAGUGCCGCGAUGUUCCAGGCUCAAGUCAGUGGUUCUCCGGUUCCUGAGGUGAGCUGGUUUCGGGACGGACAGGUUCUGUCUGCUGCUGCUCUGCCAGGCGUUCAGAUCUCGUUCAGUGAUGGCCGCGCUGUUCUGAGGAUUCCCGCCGUGACCGCCGCACACAGUGGACGUUUCUCUGUCAGAGCCACCAACGGAGCAGGACAAGCCACCAGCACCGCUGAGCUCCUCGUUACAGCGGAGACCGUCCCACCCAACUUCCUUCAGAGACUGCAGAGCUCCACAGUGAGACAGGGGAGCCAGGUGAAGUUGAAUGUCAGAGUGAGUGGGAUCCCCUCACCUGGGGUGAAAUUCUACAGGGAGGGAGCAGAGAUCCAGAGCUCGACUGACUUCAAGAUCCUGCAGGAAGGAGACCUGUACACCCUGCUGAUAGCUGAGGCCUUCCCAGAGGAUUCUGGGACAUACUCUGUAAUAGCUACCAACAGUGGUGGACGGGUCACAUGCACUGCUGAACUGCUGGUUCAAGGUGAAGAAGCUGUUCCAGCUAAGAAAACCAAGACAACCCCACAGGUCCGACAGCCCAGAGAGGAAAAAGUAAGGCUCUGCAAAGCAUCAACCAUUUGA